AUGGGUUCCCAACAAGGAGCAAAUAACUUAGGCAUGGCCAUGGCCAUCGCCGUCUUCAUGGUGAUUCUCACAACGUUCCAGCAAUUCCUCUCCAGCCGUUUCCGCCCUUACGCAGAAGGAUUCAUUCGCAGAUUCAUCUCCUCAGUAGACCCUUACGUGCAAAUCAAAUUCCACGAAGAUAGCAGCGACGGAAGCUUAAAAAACUCCGAGGCAUUUAACGCAAUCGAGACAUACCUCAGUUGUUGCUGCCUCUCCACAUCUUCCUCCUCUAGAUUCAAGGCUAAAUCUGUCAGAGACAUCAGAGAACCCAUCCUCUGUCCAGACGAAGGCGAACGCGUCACCGAUUAUUACCAAGGAAUCGAACUCUGGUGGGAAUUUAAAGAGAGGACUGAAGAUUACGACCGAUUUCGUGGCAGUGGGAGGAAGAUCAAGUGUUAUACUCUCACAUUCAGGAAAACAUGGAGGGAAAAAGUGGUCAAUGAAUACGUUAAGCAUGUGAUGGAGGAGGGGACGGCGGCGGCUGCUAACCAGCGACAAUUGAAGCUGUAUACCAAUAGCGGACAUGAUCAUGGGGAAUUCGGAAAGUGGAAGUGUAUGAAGAACUUCGAUCAUCCUGCAACUUUUGCUACUCUGGGGAUGGAGGAAUCGAAGAAACAGGACAUCAUCGACGACUUGAAGUGGUUUUCUAAUGGAAGAGAUUAUUUUAGGAGUAUAGGGAAGCCAUGGAAGAGAGGUUAUCUUUUGUAUGGACCGCCUGGGACUGGGAAAUCGACGAUGAUAGCGGCUAUGGCGAAUUUGUUGGGUUACAAUGUUUACGAUCUCGAACUGACGACUAUAAGGAACAAUGCAUCGUUUAAGGGAUAUUGA